UCCGUGAAGCCCGUGAACGCACCACACCAUUGCCAGCAGCACUCCGGCUAAAGCGGCUGUAAGUUGACGAGAUGCAGACUAUAAAGUGUGUGGUGGUGGGUGAUGGAGCCGUGGGAAAGACCUGCCUGCUGAUCUCCUACACGACCAACAAGUUUCCCUCUGAAUACGUCCCCACGGUGUUUGACAACUAUGCCGUGACUGUGAUGAUCGGUGGGGAGCCGUACACCCUGGGACUGUUUGACACUGCAGGUCAGGAGGACUACGACAGACUGCGACCGCUCAGCUAUCCUCAGACCGACGUCUUCCUCGUCUGCUUUUCUGUCGUAUCGCCUUCCUCCUUCGAGAACGUCAGAGAAAAGUGGGUUCCAGAGAUCUCCCACCACUGCCCCAGGACUCCCUUCCUGCUGGUCGGGACUCAGGUGGAUCUGAGAGACGACAGCAACACUCUGGAGAAACUGGCCAAGAACAAGCAGCGAGCCCUGACCUGCGAGAGCGGAGAGAAACUCGCCCGAGAGCUGAAAGCCGUCAAAUAUGUCGAGUGUUCAGCCCUCACUCAGCGAGGACUGAAGAACGUGUUCGACGAGGCGAUCCUGGCGGCGCUGGAGCCUCCAGACACCAAACCCAAGAAGCGCUGCCUCCUCCUAUAGAUCCCCCAGGGAGGAAAGAAGAGGUAGAGUAGGUGCAGGUGGAGCGAGAUUAAGAGAUUAACCUAAACCAGAAUAGGGGGGGAAGACGGGGGGGGAUUUAGACACAGGUUUAAAACAGUGCCUUCAGUCGUAGUGACUUAAUCUGGGCGUGGUGUUGGAGAGGACGGGCGCUUUUGUUUCCCAACUAGAUAUCUGUCGCCCCGUUAUGACUAACACAAGUGAACACUCCUCACUAACCAGGAAAUGGGCUUUUAAUAAUGGGAGGAAGCAGAUUGAGCAAUAGAAAAGGAACCUCAGAUGCCUCGAAGAUACAAAUGAUGAAAGGAGUCACGUUUACAGCUGAAACUGGAAACCAACUCUAUAUUUGAAGAAAUACCUUACCAAUUUUUAUGCCCCUAUGUAUUUGAAAGUGGCAAACAAUAGUAUACAGUAGAGGAAGGGGUUCUGUAUUUAACACACACCUUCCCAUUUUUUUGUGCCAGCUUUUACUUAAUUAUAAACAAAAUGUCACUUUGACUAUUUUUUUUUUCUUUUUCAUUAAGAGACAUGUUUUUUUUUUUGUUUUUUUUUUUUAGGGUUGUUUUUUUUGCUAUGUUUGUUUCCCUCGUAAGAUAAAGAAGGGUAUAAUAGCUGCUUAAACAUGACUUUUUAUAUGCACAUUUAAAAACUUCCAUCUCUCCUCAAACUGCAACAUGGAGUUAGAAAAUAAAGUUUUUAUGAUAAAAACCAAUACGACACCGAC